GAGGCGGGGAGGACGAGGAGGCGCCGGCGUCCCCGCAGUGGAAACGGCAGAAGGCCUGCAGCGAGAAGCCUCCCAAAAUGCUCAAGAGCAUGGGCAAAAAGAUGGUGGGGGAGUUCUGGACCCACAACGUGGGCGGCUCCAAGAUGGCCUGGGACUGCGCCCGGCUGGCAGCGAAGCACGGCGUGGCUUUCGUCGCAAUGCAGGAGCACCGCCUCCGCGGCAAGGACGUGGGGGCGUUCAUCGCGUACUGUGAUAAGCUGGGAUACCGGGCUUUUGUGGUGGACGCAGUCACGCGGGCCAGCGAAGGGGGAGGGAGGAGCGGCAUCGCCCUCCUCGUGAGCAAGGAGCUGAACUCCGCGACGGUGCACGAAAAGACUUUCGGGGCGUCGCACUUCCAGCUGGUCUCGGUGGCCGGGAAGCUUUUCGGCAACGUGUACGCGUCGCCCACGGAGGACAACGGGCCGCUCUUCGACGACGUUGCCCAGACCGUCAGCAGCCUUGGCGCCCAAGCCGAGUGGGCCAUUGCAGGAGACUGGAAUGUGACGCCAAAGGACAACCCAGUGGCGCUCUUCAUUUCAGAAUCCGGCGGGCGGGUUGCGGCCGUGCCUGACGGAGAAGGCGGCCACGCCCCCACGCGGUGGAAAGGCAGGAGGUGUCUGGACUACUGGGUGGCCAACGGGCCCUGGGUCCAGGGGAGGGGCUUCGAGGCCACGACGUCCUCUGACCACAAGGUCGUGCGCGCCGCGGUGGAGGUCAGCGGGCGCCCGCGCUGCAGGGCGCCCGAGGAGAGGCUCCGGAAAAGGCACAAGCCGGUAGACCUCGCGAGGCCCGCCGGCGUCGCGAAGGAACGCUGGACGGAGCUGGUCGCGAGACACUGGGAGGCCCAAGCGCCGAGCGCCCCUGCCGGGCCCCCGGGGUGCGGCAGCCUCGCCGCGAGGAGGAGGAGGGCGGACCGGCUGUGGUCAUCCGCCACGGCUGCGCUGGAGGCCGCCCUGAGGGGCGCCAAGCGGGAGAUAGCCGCCAGCGUCGGCACGAGCCCGGAGGAGCUGGACAAGGGCUGGAGGCGCACCAAGGGGCGCCAACGCUUGGGCGCCUUGAGGCAGGAGGACAAGGACCCCUUUGCGGGGGGCUGCAAGGCCCUGAGGCAGGCUACGCGCUGCACGCGGCUACGGCACCUCGCCUGGCUCCGCCGCCAGGCGGCAGCUCGCCGGAUCCUGGAGGCGCAGAUGAAGGCGGAUUUCCAGGCCCGGCUCGCGGACUGGAGGCGCAAGAUGAAGGAAGACGACCGGGCGGUCUGGAAGUGGAUCCAGGGGGCCUGGCUCCGCCCCACCAUCAGCGUCUUCUCGGACAGGGUCCCCGGCGGGAAGGCGGCGACGAGGUCCCCCCAAGAGAGCCUGGAGAGGCUAGCUGCCCACUGGCGCACCGUGUGGGACCGACAGCGGCCGUCGACGGAGGCCGCGCUGCGGGAGGUGGCCGGCGUCAUCCCCGCGAGGGACGAAGUGGACCUCGACGCCCUCGUGGGGGGGGACUUCUCCGAGGCGGCGCGGAGGCAGAAGGGCAGUGCGGCAGGCCCAGACGGAUGGCGCGGCGACGAGCUGCAGGAUCUGCCGGACACGGUGUGGCAGCACCUGGCCGAGGUCUACGCAGCCAUCGAGGCGGGGGGCGUGCCGCCCCAGGCGUGGACCCACGCUCGCAUGGUCCUGCUGCCCAAGGGCAAGGGGGCCAGGGCCGAGGAUGGCGCAGUCGACUGCGCGGCGCUGCGGCCAAUCACCAUUCUCUCGGUGUGGUGGCGCCUCUGGGGCAGCGCCCGGCUGCGGGAGCGCAGUGCGCAGGCCUGGCUUGACUCCUGGUGGCCAGAGGAGGCCGUAAGCGGCCGCGCCGGCAGGGAGGUCAUCGACGCUGUUGGCCCCCUGGAGGAAGCGUACGCGGGAGGGUUUUUUUUGGCGACCUUCGACUACUCCCUCGCCUUCGACAUGGCGGACCCCGCGGCGGUGGUCGGCAUCUUCAGGCAGGUGGGGCUGCCCCGGCGCACGGCCGACCUGGUCGGGGGAGUGUGGGGGCAGCAGCAGCGGUGGCUGGAGUUCCAGGGCCGCGUCCUCGCGGACCCGUGUGCGGUCGACGCCAGCAUGCCGCAGGGCGACGGCUGGUCGGUGGUGGGCAUGGCGGCGCUCCUCGUGGCGCCGAUCACGAAGCUGCAGGAGGACUUCCCGCACGCGCAGCAGGCGGUGUACAUGGGCGACCGCUCCUGGAAGAGCGCCACGGCGGAGGAGGUGGCCCAGGUGGCGGCCUCCUGGCGGUGGUGGUCAGCAGCGCUGGGCCUUAAGGAGAACAGGAGCAAGGAGCAGUUCGGCCACCGCACGAAGGCGGGGCGACGGCAGCUGAGGGCCCAGGCAGGGGUCACAGAAGCCACGGUGCUGGCGCAGCCACUGCUGCUGGGGUGCCACUUCCAGCCCUCCCAACGGCGCCGCAAGGCCCCCAAGGAGGAGGCGAGGCUGGCCGCGGCGCAUGCAAGGAUGCGGAGGCUGGCGCUCAUCCCGCGGUCGGGGCUGGCCAAGCGACGCUUUGCAGCAGGCACUAUGGCCGUCGCCCUGUGGGGCUGGGUGGCCCGGCCGCCCAACCAGGCAGACGUGGACAGGCUCGGCGCCGCCACGCGACGAGCUCUGAGGGCGGCCAGAAGAGGCUCCCCGCACCUCUUCGAGAUCCUCGUCGGCCACUCGGCGUCGGCGUCGUAUCGGAUGAUGGAGGCGCCAGUCGCGGCAGCGGCCCGGAGGGCGCUGAAGACCAGAGCUGUCGUGGGGCGCUGGGACUCCCCAGGUACCGGCGGGGCGGUCAGCCUGCGGCCAGAAGAUGCCGUAUCGGUGAGCAAGCUGAAGCAUGACCUCCGCGAGGGGUGGCGCGCGCACCGGUUCGCGCAGUGGCGGCGCUCGACGCGCAACGAUGCCGAAUUCUGCCGUGGCGCAGUCCAGUACGACAGUCUACGAUUGAAAGAAGCGCAGAAGCACCGGCAAAGGCAGCCUGCCAUCUUGCCCGUGCUCACGGGCGCCACGAUGAGCUGUGCGGCGUGGCAGUCGGCCCGCAGGGAGGAGAUCGCGUGCCCGGCCUGUGGCCUGAAAGGCGGCGGACAUCUCAUCCACCUCGUGUGGGGCUGCCCGGGGGCCUCCGGGGCCGCUCACCGCAGACGGCCGCCGCGGCCAGCAGACCCGAUGCAGGCGCGGCUGGGGUGGCCCAUCCGAGAGGACCCAGGCUACUCGAUCAACGUGCUGGACUGGCACCUGCAG